AUGAACUGGCCCCAUUCCUGCAUCUCCUUUUGCUGGAUUUACUUUGCUGCCUCCAGACUGAGAGCUGUAGAACCAGCAGAUGGAAAAUAUGCUCAGAAGUUGUUCAAUGACCUUUUUGAAGACUACUCUAAUGCUCUUCGUCCAGUAGAGGAUACAGAUAAAGUCCUGAACGUCACACUCCAGAUUACACUUUCUCAGAUUAAGGAUAUGGAUGAGAGAAACCAAAUUCUAACUGCCUAUUUGUGGAUCCGCCAAAUCUGGCAUGAUGCGUAUCUCACAUGGGAUCGAGACCAAUAUGAUGGACUGGACUCCAUCAGGAUCCCCAGCGACCUGGUGUGGAGACCGGAUAUUGUCCUAUAUAACAAGGCUGACGAUGAAUCUUCUGAGCCCGUGAACACCAAUGUGGUCCUGCGGUAUGACGGGCUGAUCACCUGGGAUGCACCAGCCAUCACCAAAAGCUCCUGUGUGGUGGACGUCACCUACUUCCCCUUUGAUAAUCAGCAGUGCAACCUGACCUUUGGCUCCUGGACCUACAAUGGCAAUCAGGUGGAUAUCUUCAAUGCCCUGGACAGUGGAGACCUCUCCGACUUCAUUGAAGACGUGGAGUGGGAGGUGCACGGCAUGCCUGCUGUGAAGAAUGUGAUCUCCUACGGCUGCUGCUCUGAGCCUUACCCAGAUGUGACGUUCACUCUCCUUCUUAAGAGGAGAUCCUCCUUCUACAUCGUCAACCUCCUCAUCCCAUGCGUCCUCAUAUCUUUUCUGGCUCCCUUGAGUUUCUAUCUCCCAGCAGCCUCUGGGGAAAAGGUCUCCCUGGGAGUGACCAUACUGUUGGCCAUGACUGUAUUUCAGCUCAUGGUGGCAGAGAUCAUGCCAGCCUCAGAAAACGUCCCUCUGAUCGGCAAAUACUACAUAGCCACGAUGGCCUUGAUCACAGCCUCCACUGCCUUAACCAUUAUGGUGAUGAAUAUCCACUUCUGCGGGGCCGAGGCCCGGCCAGUGCCACCCUGGGCCCGGGUGGUCAUCCUGAAAUACAUGUCCAGGAUCUUGUUUGUCUACGAUGUGGGUGAGAGCUGCCUUAGCCCCCACCAAGACAGGGAGCGAGACCGUCUUACGAAGGUUUAUGACAAACUUCCAGAGCCCCAUCUGAAAACAUCCAGAAAUAAAGACCCUUCCAGAAAGAAGGAAGUGAAGAAACUCUUAAAGAAUGACUUGAGGUACCCGGGUGAGAGCCUGGAGGAUGGUUACAGCUCCUGUGCACGGUACAGAGUGUUGACGAGGAAUAUUGAAUACAUCGCCAAGUGCCUCAAAGACCACACGGCCACCAAUUCCAAGGGCAGUGAAUGGAAGAAGGUUGCAAAAGUCAUAGACCGAUUUUUCAUGUGGAUUUUUUUCAUCAUGGUCUUUGUGAUGACUAUUUUGAUCAUAGCAAGAGCAGAUUAGUGAGCAUUUGAUAUGUGGGAAUAAAUCAAUAUAAGUCCCCGUGAUCUACUCUAAUGCUCUUCCAAAUCAGAAAUAUCUAUAUCCAUAUUUACACACAGAUACACAAAUAUAUAUAAAUGAGGGGUUAUGCUGUCUUUACUUUUUAUUUUUAACUUCAGAUCAGUACUAUAGCUGUCAGUUUAAAUUAAGCAGGAGGUUCAAAAUUUCAAGGGCAAGACAAUGGAGGAAAUAGAGAAGGGACACUGCUAUAUCCUACCAGAGUGGUAGGUGGCUUCUACAUCACACAAUUAUUCUCUCCUUCAGCAGUGCAGUUAACAAAGCAUACUGCAGUCUGUUUAAAAUUUAAAGCAAAGCCAAAGAAAUUGAGUUCCCACUUA